CGUGACCCCCAAGGGGCGCUCCUCGGCCUGAGCAGAUGGGUGGAGGACCCCCCCCGCCGCCCCUCUCGGUGACGAAGCGGACGGCCGCCCGGACCUUGCCCUCGAGCAUGAGCUUGUUGAAGAUGCGAUAGACCGACGCGUCGUCCAGCUGAGGCUGAGUGGUGGGGAACUGCUGGUCCAGUCGCUCCGCCUCGCACACGAGCUCCUCCACCUGCCCCUUCUGCCACAUCUCCAGCCGCCUCCAGAGCAUCCGCUUGACAUCGCGCUUCCUCUUGACAUCCGGAUCUCGCUGGAUGAGUGUGCGGACGAAGACGCCAGCCCGCUCGGACGGUGCCUCGAGCUUGGAGAUCUUCUCCACCUCAUCAGCGAUGGCAUCGGCGAUGGCGCGGCCAAGGUUGCCAAGCUUGCUGAGAUCCUUCACGCACCGCAGUCGAAGCUGGCAGACCCGCUCGUGAUAUGCCUCCCACUCAGGGAAAGUCGGUCCACCGGCGGAGUUGACGAGGGGCCCCCUAAACCCUCAGUCGAGUCAACUCACUGCUCAGUUUGUGCACGGUUGGUGUCGCUAGAAUCACAAUCGGCUGCUCUUCCUGUGUGCCCAUCUCGCCGAAGAACUCCUCGAGGGUCUUGUAGUCAUCGGCGUCGGUGGACGGCUCACCGGCUCGACCGAACAGCACGACCUCACUCGCGGUCUUGUAGCAGUGCUGUAACACCACAACCACACCAACGUACGUGUGUGUGUGUGUGUGUGUGUGUGAGGGCUGGGUUGGGUGCAUCUUCCUCUUGCUUCCUCACCUUAUAGUGCUUCAACAGUGCCCUCUUCAGGUCACAGACGGUCUUGAUCCCAAGGGGCAGCACCGGGCUGUUGAAGGCCUCCCAGCCGUCCGACCACCGAAACCACAUCUGUUGUCCGUCUUCAAACAACAUCUGUCCUGGCAUCUGUCCUGGCACCUCCUUGGUG